AUGGCUCAAGUGGACGAUUUCCCGGAGUUCAGUACUAUCAAGGAUUUAAGAUUCCUUGAAUCCCCAGGAAAGAUGCAAGAAAAUUUGUACUCACCUUCAUUUCAGGUGUUUCGGUUCAGUAAUUUCCUUGACAUUCUUAAUGCUCAGCACAACAAUGACCCUAUCAAUUUUGCCAAUAUACGGCAUAAUGGUAUUUCCAAAUUUAUUCUUCGUCACAGCGAGUACUCCAACAAAUCGAUUGACGAUGAUUGGAAACCUCAUGACAUGAGAGACUUCGAGGCUCCCUUGGCAUAUCUGUUGAUCAAGAUGAGAUCUUUUUUGCGGAUAUUAAUCAGGUCUCAGUCUGGCAAAGACGGUAAAGGAGCAGAGCUCUUUUCUUGCGAGGAACUUGUUCAAUUGAACUUCACAAACUAUUUGAGAUUUCUAUUGAACCUUCCUCAGAAGUUUACCUCCACUCCCACCAAUCAGCUUGAUGAGACGCUGGCCAUGCACCAGUCGUUCAAAAUCAUGUUCACGAGGAUUAUCAAGGCUUUACUAACUUUUAGAAAAGAAGAAACCGGAGAUGUGAUGUCUAACACCACCACCGCAACGUCGCUUUUGUUACAGCUCAUCACCAAGGUAUCGUACGAGUUCAUUCUCCUCGAGAAGUACCAUAUAAAUAUUAUCACCAAACUCGGUAAUAACUCUUUGUUAGACUCCAGAGUUGUUGAGAGGUUGUUUAGACAGUACCACAAGGGUCUCUCACAACCUCCAAGUAGACGAAAUCUUCCCAAGGUGUUGGUUUACAACUCCUAUUUCAGUGCUCAAUACUCCUGGUAUAUGUGUGUGACGAUUCCAUUCUUGACGGUGGUGGAGAUGGCAGUGUUCAAUGAAGAUCAAGAACUCAUUUCCGACCCUGAGAGAUACAGACAGCAAGAAAAGAAUACAGUCAAAACAUCAUUUGAAAAGCUGGAUGCCAUGUUAUAUGCUAGUUAUUUCAAGGACAUUAAGUUCAAAAACUAUCAAAAGUUCAGAUCCACUUCCGACGAACAGUUUGUAUCGAUUCAAAGAGCUAAUCAUGAUAACUCGAGUGUUUCAGAAUCGUUGAUAUCAUCUAGCCAACACAAGCCUAAAAACUUCAACUUCAACUGUGAGUCUUUGGCGACCAUACCUAACGCCACCUUUGAUGUGGUCCAAAGCAGGGAUCUUUUGUUCCAGUUGACUAACUCCAACUACAGAACAAUCAUAUCGGAGCUUCAUAGAGUGUUAAAGAUAGGGGGAACCUUGGAAGUUCCUAUCAUCUUACUGGGAACCGAUACCAUUAGUCCAGAUACCACCACCGUAGGGUUCCCUAAGUUCACCAAUGCUACUGGUUUGAAUUUGUCCAAAUACUACGAUAUGAUUCCUGACUUUGCUGAAGUUUUGCUUAAAAUUAUUCUAGAAGUAUUUGGGGAAGGCAAUGUUCGUAUGGCAACAGCUCUCUUGAACACUACCAGUGAAAUGUCGGACUUUUUAGUUAAGGACAUUGGCCUUCAUAUUGCCGAAAUGGUUGGUGAAACAGACAAAUAUUGUCGUGCCUCCCAACAUCCAAUAGGAGAGAGGAACAAAGAUGUUCACUUUUUCUUUCAAAUUCAAGCAGAGAAAACGUUUAAUUAA